CCACAAUUUUCAUCUCUCCAAAACUCUCUCUCUCUUUUCUCUACAAUGGCUGCUUCUUCUCCCAACCAUUCCUCUCACCGAUCCAUAUUCCACGACCCGGAUACCACAUUCGUCCAAACCGACCCGGAAACAUUCCGGGAAGUCGUCCAAAGGCUAACCGGCGCCGCCGCAGGCAGCCGUGACUCCGCCGCCUUCAACCUCCACGAGAGAAGGACAACCGUGAGAAAGCUCAAGAUCAAGCUCGGCGCAAGCAACCGGCGCGGCGGCGCGGUGAUGGAGUCGCCGGUUUCCACGCUGGAGUACGCGGGGAGCCCGGCGACUCCGAGCGACGAGGAAGAGAGGGCCAUUGCGGAGAAGGGGUUUUACUUGCACCCGAACCCGUUUGGCACUCCGCCAGGAUCCGACCCGCCUGAGCUGCUGCCUCUGUUUCCACUCCAUUCACUUAUUAACUGAUCCUCUUUUUAUGGUUUUAGUUUUAGUUAAUUUUGGUGGAUUAGUUGAUCAGUAUUAGUAGUGUUGUGUGAUUUUUAGUUUUAGAAGAGCUUAAAUAAGGUUUUGUGAGUUUUUACUUUUUAUGUUCCAUUUUAUUUGGGUUUUAGUAGUAUAAAGAAGAUGUCGGUUUAAAUUUUUGUGUGGCAUUUCCAA